AUGGGACCAAAGGCAACUGGCUCUGCCCCUUCAGUGCGCGUGGUCAUUGAGGUCACUACUGCCCCUGCUGAGCAAGAGGCACCCUCGGAGUGGGUAGUGGUGGAGGAAGCUCCCCCGCCACCUCCUGUUCUUGAACCAGCUGUGCGAGAUCGCUUGGCACAGCGCCCUAGCUCGCGUACCGCGAUAACAGGUGCUGCCCAGAGGAUUCAGUCUGCUUGGCAGGCUGGUGUGGAUUCCAGUCUGCGCAACUUGCAGACCGAGGACCUUGUGCGUCCUGCAAGCAUCGGCUUGCAAAAUAGCUGCUGGUUGGGCCUACGAGUGGACGGCUCAGCCUGGUGUGUGAACCGCAAGCGGGCGGCAGACAAGAUCCUCAAGAAGGAGCGCUUUCUGUCUUGGUUUCGGCCUGCCCGACCUCCCAUCAGUGCAGUGAUGCCGUGGCGUGCCCUUGGGGUGCGUCGCGCUGCUGGGCUUGAGAUUGCCGAGUCAUCUUCGAGUCCGGAAUGGCUGCUGCUGCGUCUUGGAGGCCGGGAGGCUGCAGCGGUGCCAGUGCUCCGCAGAGUUGGUGGCUUCCUGCUGGCGGUGGCUUCGGGUUUCUUUACGGAGGAGGAACUAGAGGUCAAGCGUGUGGCCAACAUCAGCGAGGACCUUGGGCCAACUUCGGUGGUGCAGGUGGAAGCCUACCCCGACGACGAGGAGGCCGACAGCGUCGAGGUCGACAUGGUGUUGGUGGAUUGGCCGCAGGUGCUGUAUCGCUAUCUCCUGGGAGGGGGUGCCAACCCCCAAUGGCCGGCCAAUGUGAUGUGGCCCCAAAAUGGCGAGGAGGUGCUUCACACGCUCAACUACGAUCAGCUGGCCAGUGCUGCUCGACUAUGGGUGUUCAAUGGGGAGGGUCCGCGCAGCGAUGGCUACCAAACGGCCGCCGAAGCUCCCCACCAUGGAUGCCGAUUUGAUGAACCAGUUGCUUACUCAGAUGCAGCAGACAGCCAGCAUGGUGACCCAGUUCCGGCGGCUCCGGCGUUGACCAAGGCCUUGGACUUAGUGGGACCUGCAUCGAAGACACGUCAGACUGGCAAGCCCAAGCUGGUGUCCCCGACUGCUGUGGAAGACCUCGAGCAAGACGACGAGGACGACGUGGCGGCCGCCGAAGAGCAGCCGCUGGAUCAACUCCUGAAAGCCGCCUUGUUGACGGUCCUGGAUCCGUCCAGCAAGCAGAAGAAAAAGCAGCGAGGACCCGGACUACCUUUGGAUGCCACCGGGUCCGAUUCCGACGAGGAGGGUCAGGAUCCUCUUCGGCGCCUCUCUGGUGCAAAAGGACCGAUGCUGCUCGAGAAGCUGCGGUUGGCCAUGGACAGCGACCCCAAGGCAUACAUCACGGCCAUGGAGAAUCUUGCGGCCCAGUCUUUAGGCGAGCCGCGUGCCGGUCCGAUGACCUUGGAGAAGUUUGCCCGGGACAUGCUCCCGUUGGGGUCCGAACGCACUUUAGGCUACGUGACUUGGGGAGUGGUUCGUGCCCUCACGAUGCUGAAAGCUGGCGAGGUGGACAAGGCUCAUCUCAUCCUUCUCCUGCUGGUGGCUUCAAUCGAGCAGUACAAGUUGGAUGGGAGUUGGGGUGCCGCUUGGCGGUUGACCCAUCUUACCCCUCCUCCCUUCGCCGAGUGGAAGUCGAAGGAGGGCAUGAUCGGACAACUCCGCCAGGACCACGCGCGCAGCAGGCUGGUGCAUGGUACGUGGGCUGCGGCACGGGGCCAAGUUGAAGGACGAAGAGGUCCUCACUCGUCGUCGCGGAGGCCCGAACCGGAGCGCCCAGACAAACCUCCCAAAGGGCGCGGAAGGGGCAAGGGGGGCCAAGAGGCCCCAGAGAAGUGA